AUGGGACACGCGUCGAGCAGCUGCUGCGCCGAUGAUGAGAAGCAAGCUGUCGAAGACAUUCAAGCUUCCAUCGGGUUCUCGGUUGCUACGACUCAACCUCCGGCGAUCUCAAGCCCAGCUGCAAUCUCAAGCGAGAUCACGUGCAGCGUGGACACAGAUCUUACGUACACUGCCAGCUCCCUGAGCCUGCUACGGGGCAUAUUUCUUCGCAAGACGUUGCAGAGUGGAGGUCAUAUCUAUGAGCUGCUGGGCUAUCGUGGCAGGAUGCAGGCAGGGAUCCGCAACAUUGGCGGCUUCCUCCAGGCAGCUGAGGAGUUGCACGUGUUGUGGAGCGAGCCGUAUCUGACGAGGUUGUGGUGCGUCUUCGAGCUUGCGGCAUAUCAGAAGCUCAACCCUUCUGGGAAAAUCACCAUCGCCCCCAUCUUCGUGGAGGUCAUUGUGUGCCUGCUCUUCGUGUACCUACAUAUUGCUUCCUGGUUCUUCGUGGCCAUCAGGACCUCAGCCCUCGGAAGAACCGUAUGGAUAUGGAUUGCCUUGGCUUGCUUCGGCGGCUCCCUCCUUCCCUUGAUACAUGCCUUAAGGCAUAUCUGUACCUAUAAGCAAGUUCUCUUGUCCAACGUGGGCAACUUCCAGUUCCAGACGCUGGCCUGCGCCAAUGAAUCCGACGGAGACAUUAUCCGGGAAGCUAUCGUUCGGUGGUAUGGCAGCGUGGAGGCGUUUUCGGAGUUUGUGCGAAACUCAUUCCGGAACGUGGUACAUGACUCCGUGAAGACUCCAGGAGGUAUGCCUUUUGGAUAUGUUUUCUUGCUGGCCACGCCCAUGCUGAACGCGACUUUAGACAGAUGGCUCUCCCUGUGGCACGCUGAUGCUCCUGCUGAAGCAGUUUCGGCCUACUUUGCCUCAGCCAUCAUCGCUCUCUGCCUGGCCUUUUAUCCCGCUGUCAUUGGUGUGGGUCUCUACGCUUGUGAUCGAUGGGCAAGAGAUUGGUCAUGCAGCCCUGUAGCAGUACUGCAGACGGCGGGAAUUGGUCUCGCUAUUUGGCUUCUCUUUGCGCUGGGUACCAUUGCCUCGUCUCUUGCUUAUCGGACAAACGUGACUUCGUCCUUGCUGCUGUGGAUAGGGGCGGCUCUUCUUUUUGCGUUCCUGAUGUGGAGGUGCCUCUGGCAACAGCGAGGCCAUUGCACAUCCUGA